AUGCCCCAGAUACCCCCGAUCGUCUCAAUUUCAGCGUCUGAACAGCGCCCCAAAAAUGUAGUCUCUGUUACUUUGCGGGAGCAAGAGGAAGUGGGGCUCCAACGUGGGAGAAACGCAAAAUCGAGAAGAAAAUCUAAGAAACAGGAACCUUCUUUGUCACAAUCCAGAGCUUGUUGUCCUGGCAGAUGGAUGUUUCGAGAUAUUAUCGGCAUGGAAGAGGUAGAGCGAGGCGCGGAGUAA